AUGCGCCGUGAUGUCCGUUCUGCCGCUCGUCGAAUCUCAUCCAACCCCGAUGACGGGCAUGUGGCUGAUGAUGGUAACCCUCCCGGCAGUACCAACGAUACCUAUCUACUCAAUGAGGAGAAGAGCAUCUCCGCCCUACCCCAGAUUGACCUACCGCAGACUGAGGUGUUGCCUAUUGACCCAAGACUACAAUAUCCGGCUGUUGACUCUGAGCCUGCAUGGCAAGAUAUUAGUUGGGAUCUGGGAGCUGAGAGUAUCUCGUUUCUUGACAGUGUCUUUACGCACGACUACAACUUCGACAAUAUGCCCAACAGUCCUCGGAUAUACGCCAGUGAGGAGAUCGUAGAUGCUUUACAAAACCCUUACGAAAUCCUCGAACUUGAUCCGAGCACUCUUAAAGCAGCAAUCGACGCUUACUUUGACCUGGCGUCGCUCGCUAUCCCGAUACUAGACAGAAACUCAUUCCAGGCUGACUACACGAGCCAAAGAGCCAGCCCUGCAUUGGUGUACGCUGUAGCAUGCCGAGGAUGCCCCUUCCUAUCGAUGUCGCGAAAAUGGCUGGUGCAGCAGCGGCUGGCGAGCGAGUUCAGACGAGCAUGGCUAGAGGCAAGGUCAGCUACAGGGGACAAGCAAUCAAUCAGACUGGACGACCUUGAAGCUCUGGCUCUCAUGGUCGACUUUACCUACGAACCGGCUGAGGAUGUCAACACAGCGCUCCAUUCCCAGCUUGGUAGCCUUUUCCUAACACACGACAGCCUGGUCCUCAUGACACUACAGUAUCAGAUUCUUUGCCACACGUCCUUGGCCGAAGGCUCCUUAGCACCUUUGCAUGGGACAGAAGAGCGAAAAAGGUUGCUUUUCUGGUACGUGUAUGGAAAAGAUACGUUCCGCGCCCUCGACCAAAAAUCCCCUUCUCGUAUCAGGGACGGCCAAGCUGAAGUUAUGGAGCAACUACCAGAGCAUGAAGAGCGAACAUAUCUUGAUGCCAUACUCGCUUUAGCCAUCAUCGUAAGAAAGAUCAACCAUGACUUUCUGGGUGUUGCUGCUGGACAUGCAAAUGUCAGCCACCAAGAUGUCGUCAAGUUAUACGGUCAACUGGAAGAGUGGCGUAAGAAGUUGCCCUCUUACUUGCUUUGGGACGCUAAACGAGACUUCAGCCUGACUGCUGAAAGCGGGACUGGGAAAGUAGCCCAAGCGCACCAGCUGCAACAGGCUAUCCUUCUGUUUCUCGAACACAACUGCUGCAUGCAAAUCGAAAGAUGUGCUUCAGAACGUGGGAUAACUAACCCCAUCUCACUGGAGGCGGUUAUGCUGAAUCACCUUAUCGAGUACCAAACCUUGGCAAUGACGAACAAUAUAACAGAAGCUGUUAAGUGGCUCCGGUCGCAGAAAGUAUGCCAGAACACACCUCAAGGCACUGUUGCCUAUCCCCUGUUCGACCUUUCCCCAGACAUCCUGCGCGAUAUCUGUGCUGGCACUGCUUAUUGGCUGUGCGACCGCGGGAAGAAACUCAUCAAUUUCAACAAGGCUUCCGUCAGUUCCACAGGCUACGGGGAGGUUUCUCUAACGCAAGGGGCGGAAAACUUUGCCGCAAAUGCGGCAUUACUGAAAGAUGCCGUGGCAACAGCAAAAUCGCACAGUGAUACACCAUGCUUGGUCGAGAAGUUGGACGGGCAGCUCUCAUCUUUGAACGAGGCGAUCAAAAGCGCCAAUAACGGCCGAUGA